AUGACCCGUACAGUGUGGCCCGUUACAGCACGCGAACAGCGCGGCCCGUUACAGAACCCGAACAGCGCGGCCCGUUACAGGUCCCUACAGCGUGGCCCGUUACAGCACCUGAACAGCGCAGCCCGUUACAUCACCCAAACAGCGUGGCCCGCUACAGCACCCAUACAGAGCAGCCCGUUACAGCACCCGAACUGCGCGGCCCGUUACAGCACCCUACCCGAACAGCGCGGCCCGCGACAGCACUCGAACAGUGCGGCCCGUUACAACACCCGAACAGCGCGGCCCGUUACAGUUCCCUACAGUGUGGCCAGUUACAGCACCCGUACAGUGCGGCCCGUUACAGCACCCGAACAGAGCGGCCAGUUACAGCACCCGAACAGAGCGGCCCGUUACAGUUCCCUACAGAGCGGCUCGUUGCAGCACCAGAACACACCGGCCCGUUACAUCACCCAUACAGCGUGGCCCGUUACAUCACCCGUACAGCGCGGCCCGUUACAUCACCCGAACAGAGCGGCCAGUUACAGUUCCCUACAGAGUGGCCUGUUGCAGCACCCGAACAGCGCGGCCCGUUACAGCACCCGAACAGAGCGGCCAGUUACAGUUCCCUACAGAGUGGCCCCUUACAUCACCCGUACAGCGCGGCCCGUUACAGCACGCGAACAGCGUGGCCCGUUACAGCACCCGAACAGCGCGGCCCAUUACAUCACCCAUACAGCGCGGCCCGUUACAUCACCCGUACAGCGCGGCCCGUUACAGCACCCGAACAGAGCGGCCAGUUACAGUUCCGCACCCGAACAGAGCGGCCAGUUACAGCACCCGAACAGAGCGGCCCGUUACAUCACCCAUACAGCGUGGCCCCUUACAUCACCCGUACAGCGCGGCCCGUUACAGCACGCGAACAGCGCGGCCAGUUACAGUUCCCUACAGAGUGGCCCCUUACAUCACCCGUACAGCGCGGCCCGUUACAGCACGCGAACAGCGCGGCCCGUUACAUCACCCGUACAGUGCGGCCCGUUACAUCACCUGAACAGUGCGGCCCGUUACAUCACCGAUACAGCGUGGCCCGUAACAGCACCCGAACAGUGUGGCCCGUUACAUCACCCGAACAGCGCGGCCUGUUACAUGACCUGUACAGUGCGGCCCGUUACAGCACCCGAACAGAGCGGCCAGUUACAGUUCCCUACAGAGCCGCCCAUUGCAGCACCCAAACAGAGCGGCCCGUUACAGUUCCCUAGAGUGUGGCCAGUUACAGCACCCGUACAGCGCGGCCAGUUACAGAUCCCUACAGCAUGGCCCGUUACAGCACCCGUACAGCGCGGCCCGUUACAGCACCCGAACAGACCGGCCCGUUACAGCACCCGUACAGCGCAGCCCGUUGCAGCACCCGUACAGAGCGGCCCAUUACAGCACCUGAACAGCACGGCCCGUUACAUCACCCGAACAGCGUGGCCCGCUACAGCACCCAUACAGACCAGCCCGUUACAGCACCCGUACAGCGCGGCCCGUUACAGCACCCGAACAGACCGGCCCGUUACAUCACCCAUACAGCGUGGCCCGUUACAGCACCCGAACAGCGCGGCCCAUUACAUCACCCAUACAGCGCGGCCCGUUACAUCACCCUUACCUCACCCAUACAGCACGGACCGUUGCAGCACCCGAACUGCGCGGCCCGUUACAGCACCUGUACAGCGCGGCCUGGUACAUGACCCGUACAGUGUGGCCCGUUACAGCACCCGAACAGAGCGGCCAGUUAUAGUUCCCUACAGAGCGGCAUGUUUCAGCACCCGAACAGCGUGGCCCGUUACAGCUGCCGAACAGCGUGGCCCGUUACAGCACCCGAACAGAGCGGCCCGUUACAUUACCCGUUCAGCGCGGCGAGUUACAGCACCCGUACAGCGCGGCCCGUUACAGCACCCGAACAGACUGGCCAGUUACAGCACCCGUACAGCGCGGCCCGUUACAGCACCCGUACAGUGCGGCCCGUUACAGCACCCGAACAGACUGGCCAGUUACAGCACCCGUAUAGCGCGGCCCGUUACAGCACCCGAAGAGAGCGGCCCGUUACAUCACCCGUACAGCGAAGCCCAUUACAUCAUCCGAACAGCACGGCCCGCGACAGCCACCCGAAGAGAGCGGCAUGUUACAGCACCCGAACAGCGUGGCCCGUUACAGCCGCCGAACAGCGUGGCCCGUUACAGCACCCGUAUAGAGCGGCCCGUUACAUUACCCGUUCAGCGCGGCGAGUUACAGCACCCGUACAGCGUGGCCCGUUACAGCACCCGUACAGACCGGCCCGUUACAGCACCUGAACAGAGCGGCCAGUUACAGUUCCCUACAGAGCCGCCCGUUGCAGCACCCGAACAGAGCGGCCCGUUACAGCCCCCGAACAGCGCGGCCCGUUACAGCACCCGAACAGAGCGGCCAGUUACAGUUCCCUACAGAGCGGCCUGUUGCAGCACCCGCACAGUGUGGCCCGUUACAUCACCCGUACAGCACGGACCGUUACAGCACCCGAACUGCGCGGCCCGUUACAGUUCCCUACAGAGCCGCCCAUUGCAGCACCCGAACAGAGCGGCCCGUUACAGUUCCCUACUGUGUGGCCAGUUACAGCACCCGUACAGCGCGGCCCAUUACAGCACCCGAACAGAGCGGCGAGUUACAGCACCCGUACAGCGCGGCCAGUUACAGCACCCGAACAGAGCGGCGAGUUACAGCACCCCUACAGCGCGGCCCGUUACAGCACCCGAACAGAGCGGCGAGUUACAGCACCCGUACAGCGCGGCCCGUUACAGCACCCGAACAGACCGGCCAGUUACAGCACCCGUACAGCGCGGCCAGUUACAGCACCCGAACAGAGCGGCCAGUUACAACACCCGAACAGAGCAGCCAGUUACAGUUCCCUACAGAGCGGCCCGUUGCAGCACCCGAACAGCGUGGCCCGUUACAUCACCCAUACAGCGUAGCCCGUUACAGCACCCGAACAGCGCGGCCCGUUACAGCACCCGAACAGCACGGCCCAUUACAGCACCCGUACAGCGCGGCCCGUUACAGCACCCAUACAGCGCGGCCCGUUACAGCACCCGAACAGAGCGGCCAGUUAUAGUUCCCUACAGAGCGGCAUGUUUCAGCAACCGAACAGCGUGGCCCGUUACAGCCGCCGAACAGCGUGGCCCGUUACAGCACCCGAACAGCACGGCCCGUUACAGCACCCGUACAGCGUGGCCCGUUACAGCACCCGAACAGCGCGGCCAGUUACAGUUCCCUACAGCAUGGCCCGUUACAGCACCCGAACAGAGCGGCCCGUUACAUCACCCGUACAGCGCGGCCCAUUACGUCACUCGAACAGCACGGCCCGCGACAGCACCCGAACAGACCGGCCCGUUACAGCACCCGAACAGCGCGGCCCGUUACAGCACCCGAACAGCGCGGUCCGCUACAGCACCCGACCAGACCGGCCCGUUACAGCAUCCGUACUGACUGGCCCGUUACAG